GGUGUAUCUAGUGCUGAUUGUGGGCGAAAGCCGCUAACCAUUAAAUAAAUAAAUAAAUAAAUAAAUAAAUAAACAGAGAGAUUUAGUUGCACGUGACCUCACGAAGAGAGCUAAAAGCAGCGUCAGUUUUUAACAUUAAAUUGCUUUGCUUUGUAGUGUAUUAUUUAUCUAAUUUUCAAUGGUGGCAAUAUCACAAAGUAGAUUAUUAGUAAAUAAAAGCAAUUUUAUAGUAAUACAAUCUGGAUAUUAAAAUUUUUUGUUUAUAGAUAAUAGUAAAAUGAGCAGUGUCAAGAAUUCCAAUGUGGACUUUCGAAUUCUCCCAUUUAAGUUUUUAGAAAAUCUGGAAAAGGAAAGAGAUGCCGCGAUAACGCGCGAUGAUGGGUGGACGAGGGAUCUCAUUGAUUGGGUGUGCAACUACUUGGACCUGCUGUCGAUCGAGGAGCACUACGAGGACCUCCGCUACCAGCUGGAGGACUCGAGACGGGACGUCGGCAGGCGAGACGGCAGGCGAGACGGCAAGCAGAUGCCCCGGCUGACCAACUGCCAGUACGAGGACAUGAUGUCCGACUGCACCGGCAAAACCAUUGUCAAGUUCUCCAUCAAGAAAAAUUGUUUUGGCUUCAGCCAAGGGGACCCGGUGGCGGUGUGGCAGGAGGACGGCCUCGGAGGAACGCCCAUGCGCGGCAUCGUCUGCUCUGUGGUCGGCAACUGCCUGCAGGUGUUCCUGAACAAGCCGUGCAGCUACCUGGACGACGACAACCCCUACACCAUCGUCAAGGUGGACGACAACGCCACGCACCUCCGGAUGAGACUUGCCAUCCAGAACCUGGUGCAGCUGUACCAGCUGAAGCACCCAGUGGUGUUGGUGAUGUUCGGUGGGAUGGGGGUCACGCGUGCGCAGCUCACCGCGGCGGACGUCGUGUUCUUCAACGAUCACCUGACAGAUGAACAGAAGGAGGCGGUGGCGUUUGCCCUCUCGGCCAAUCAGCUGGCGGUGAUCCACGGGCCGCCAGGCACUGGCAAGACCACCGUGCUCGUGGAAUAUGUCCUGCAAAUGGUGAAGAUGGGCAAGAAGGUGCUGGUGUGCGCGCACACCAACGUCGCGGUGGACAACCUGCUGAGCGCGCUGGCGCUGCAGGGGCGCGCGAGCGUGGUGCGGCUGGGACACCCGGCGCGCACCGGCCUGCAGGCCUGCCUGCUGGACACGGCGCUCUCCUCCAGCGAGGAGCUGCGCUCGCUGCGCGUGGGCCUGCGCCGCCUGGAGGCCCGGUCCGCGCGCCAGGGCCGCGCCGACGACGACCUGCUGCUGGACAUCAAGCACUACCGCAGCUACCUGCUGGAGCGCGAGCAGCUGGUGACGCGCGACAUCCUGCGCGGGCGCGACGUGGUGGCCUGCACGCUGCUGUCCGCUGGCGACGCCUCCGUGCUCAAGUACCUGGAGGAGGACCACUUCGGCGCCGUGGUCGUGGACGAGAGCUCCCAGGCGAUGGAGGCGGCCAGCUGGGUGGCACUGCCGCGAGCGCGCAGGGCCGUGCUGGCGGGCGACCACAUGCAGCUGCCCCCCACCGUGCAGUCGCCCGGCCCCUGCCCCCUGGAGCGGAGCCUGAUGGAGCGCGCCGCGGAGCGCCUGGGCGACGCCUGCCUGCGCAUGCUGCGCGUGCAGCACCGCAUGAACGCCCUCGUCAUGCGCUGGGUCAGCGACUGCAUGUACCAGGGCCAGGUGUCUGCGCACCCCGCCGUCGCUGGCCAGCUGCUGUGCCACCUGGAGGGGGUCCACGCCACCGAGGACACCGAGACGCCGCUGCUGCUGGUGGACACGGCGGGCUGCCGCCUGGCAGAAGAGGACGUGCUGUCAUCGCGGCAGAACCCGGGCGAAGCGCGCAUCGUCCGGGAGGUGGUGGAUCGCCUCCUGGCCGCCGGCGUUCCGCAGGAGGCGGUGGGCAUCAUCACCCCCUACAGCCAGCAGGUGAAGCUCAUCAAGCAGGAGCUGGGCGACGUGCCGGGACUGGAGGUGCGCUCCGUGGACGGCUACCAGGGCCGCGAGAAGGAGGCCAUCGUGCUGUCCAUGGUGCGCUCCAACCUGGACGGGGACCUGGGCUUCACCGCGGACAAGCGCCGCCUCAACGUGGCGGUGAGCCGCGCCCGCCGCCUCUUGUGCGUGGUGGCCGACACUCGCACCCUGGGGACGUGCGAGCUGUACCAGUCCCUCUUCACGCACAUGCGACGCCACGGCGUCGUGCACAGCGCCCACCGCUACAGCUGUGUGAUCCCGCCCCAUGGUGCGAGCGGGGGUAACAAGAGCGCUGGGAAGAAGAGUGUGCCGGGAGCGAGUAAGAAGGACUUGGGACCGGAUAUGGAAGAGAAUAAGUGCUUGAGUGUGCUGCGAGAGUUUGUGGAGGAUGAGUCACGGAGCGUGCACCGGUUCCCUUGCAAGCUGACGUCGUAUGUCCGCAUGCGCCUGCACUCUGAGAGCGAGAAGCUGGGCCUGAAACACUACAGCGAGGGUGUGGGCGACCAACGGCAACUGGUGGUGGAGAAGGUAGCCGGCAGUGCGGCUGCUGCAUCGUUGGGCAAGGGCAAUAGUCAGGGUGAGAGCAACAGUCAGGGCAAGCACAACACUCAGGGCAAGAGUAACACUAAGGGCAAGAGCAACAGUCUGGGCAAGGGCAACAGUCUGGAUGAGGGUGAGGGCAACAGUCUGGAUGAGGGUGAGGACAACAGUCAGGGCGAGGGCAACAGUCUGGGCAAGAGCAACAGUCUGGGCAAGGGCAACAGUCUGGGCAAGGGCAACAGUCUGGAUGAGGGUGAGGACAACAGUCAGGGCGAGGGCAACAGUCUGGGCAAGUGCAACAGUCUGGGCAAGAGCAACAGUCUGGGCAAGGGCAACAGUCUGGGCAAGGGCAACAGUCUGGAUGAGGGUGAGGACAACAGUCAGGGCGAGGGCAACAGUCUGGGCAAGAGCAACAGUCUGGGCAAGGGCAACAGUCUGGAUGAGGGUGAGGACAACAGUCUGGAUGAGGGUGAGGGCAACAGUCUGGGCAAGGGCAACAGUCUGGAUGAGGGUGAGGACAACAGUCUGGAUGAGGGUGAGGGCAACAGUCUGGAUGAGGGCGAGGACAACAGUCAGGGCGAGGGCAACAGUCUGGGCAAGAGCAACAGUCUGGGCAAGAGCAACAGUCUAGGCAAGAGCAACAGUCUGGGCAAGGGCAACAGUCUGGAUGAGGGUGAGGACAACAGUCUGGAUGAGGGUGAGGGCAACAGUCUGGGCAAGGGCAACAGUCUGGAUGAGGGCGAGGACAACAGUCAGGGCGAGGGCAACAGUCUGGGCAAGAGCAACAGUCUGAGCAAGGGCAACAGUCUGGAUGAGGGUGAGGGCAACAGUCUGGGCAAGGGCAACAGUCGGGGCAAGAGAAACAGUCAGCACAAGGGCAACACACUGGGCAAGGGCAACACUCUGGAUAAGAGCAACACUCUGGCCAAGGGUAACAGUCAGGGCGAGGGAAGCAGUCUGGCCAAGAGUAAUAGUCUGGAGGAGGGUUUGGGCAAUGGUCUGGUCCCUUCUCCUCAGGUCAAACUUUCGAAUUUGGAUCAUGAUGGUUAUGUUUCACAUGACGAAGACAUUCUCUGUGUGAAAUAUGAUGUACUGGAUGAUGUAGAUGUGUCCUGUAAAGUCGGCUCUAGUGAGGAUAUGCCACAGUGUAAUUUACUCAUUGAUUCAUCGAAACCUAAGAGUGAUAGUACUGUAGGGAUUGGGGCAGCUCAGUUACGGACUAUGGAUUCCAACACUUCUGCCGACGAACCGACCGUCAAAAAUCCGCAGAGCCCCAAGAAGCGACGCCGUGGGAGCAAAAAGACAGAUGCAGCCUCCAAGCAGUCGGUGGAGGAUGGAAACGGGAGGAUGGAAAGGAGGGUGGAAGAGACGGAUGAUGCAGUCCUGCACAGGUUUCAGCAGGACAAGAGAACUUGUGGCCAGGCUGGCUGCGGGAAGGGCACGGAGCUGUUCGGGCAGUUGUGCCAACACUGCCGCAGGAUGUACUGCCUGUCGCACUGCGUGCCAGAGGUGCACGGCUGCGCGGAGGCAGCGCAUGCACAUGCCCGCUCCGCCUUCCUGCACCCGGCACCGCGCCCCGCCGACCCCAUCAAGCACGGCUUUGCGGAGCGCAAGCUCAAGGCCAAGCUGGGGGACAUGGCACACAAGCGAAAGUCAAAGAAAAAGUGAAAUAACUAAAUUCACUUCAAUACUCCUUACCUGCUGAUGCUGUUUGACUGGUUGCUGCUAUGCAGUGCAUUUUACUCAAACAUUUGUAACUGAACAUCGUUAUCAACCUUAAAGAUGUAAUUUUAAAUCAUGUUUUUUCUAUGUAAUUUCUUAAGUAUGUACUGGCAUAAGCAUUAUGGCAUAGUGCCAGCAUCUUGUUUUUUUAAAUUUUUUUUAUAGGCCCUGAAUAGAUUUUAGAAAACUAAUACAUACGGAAUGUUUACAGUAAGCUACGUAAUUUUUGCCUUUUAUAGAAUAUAUAUGGUAUCUGCAAAAGUUGGAUUUUUGUUUUUUCCAAAAAAUUUAAUAUCAGAUUUCCUGAACCCGAAAAUUUUUUUCAUCUUACCUACCCUCAUUGAGCUGUACAACUGAAAGUUCUUAUCUUGGUAAGUGAAAACAUUUGGCUGAAUGUAGCAGCUGUUUGGCUUACGUAAUUGGCAACUGGAAUGCUGAUAAAAUUUAAUUAUUACCUUAGCUAAUAAAUAAUGCUAAAAUUUAUUUAUUUUUGCAGAAUAAAAUGCUCAAGUAAGUUCUUCAUCUAUACAGUAAACAAAUUUUCAAAUGUGAUAUUUUACAUUUGUACUGUCAUAGAGGCAAAGCUAAUGGCAGUUUUACUUCCUGGUUGUAGAACGCUCCAAAAAUGAGAGCUCUUGUAUUCCCAGACAGGUGGCAAGGAAUUACGUAUUACCAGUAAUUCUUUCUUGACAUGGGUCGGUUGUUUGAAAUUAAGUUAUGGAGACAAAGUUUUUUGUCUCAUAGCUUCUUCUAUGAACUGUGUUCUAAUUUUCUAACUUAUGCUUGCAUUCACAGUAGCUCGAUUCAGAAGUACUGGCACUAUUGUAAAUUAAAAAAAGGCAAAUUCUAAAAGUAAUUCACUGUUUACUUGCCUUUUCUAUCACAAGUUUACAUUAUAUUUGAUGAACGUGGAUAUGUUAACUAUUCAGGGCUUGCAAGUAGUUUGUGUGUGUGUGGCAUAGAACUAAGGUUUUCCUUGCUUCUCAUAAAUAUUAACAAGUCUAAAGAGAAGCGGUCACCUUCCCUCAAAAAGAAUGGAUACCUUCCCUCAGAGUACCUUUCCUUGGACUAACUCUUAGCUUAACACCUAUGUGAGCAAACAAAUUAAUGAACUCAUUAAUUAUCAACAAAAGCAGAGCUAAAUUUUUAAGGUGGACUCAUAGCAUUUUGUAGCAAUUCAAAAAGAAAAUGCAGAUUAAAACUCUUUAGUAAUACCAUUAAACAAUAAACAAUGAGUUUGAGUUUAUUACACAAGAGCAUACUAAUAUUACUCUCAAUCACAACCAUUUUUUACCAAAAGAAGAUACUAAACAUUUCAUUAAAUAGACAAUAAAUAGUUAACUUGUAAAGCCAGUGCUCACAGGCCCUAAAAUAUUUUGAAUAAUAAAUAUUAUAUGGUACCACCAUUUUAAAUUUACUGCAGGUACAAUAAAUAUUUAUUACAAUCAUAACCUUGGUACAUUAUUAUUAAUAAAAUUUCCAAAAAAUCAAAACUUUAUUUAGAUACAUUAAACUACCCAUAUUAUUUUUUGGGGGUUAGCAUGCGACUAGCUUAAUAAAAAUACAAAAUUUUACUAGUCUCAGUCUUAGUUAAGUAGUCUUUAAAAGUUUGGGCCUUCAAAUAAUUUUUUCUGCUAUUUAAGUACAUAUAUGUUGCUGGCACUCUCCGAUAUGUUUUUCCAUGUUGUAAACAUCUCUGAGAAAAGUUAUUAAAAGUUACCCUAAAGCCCUAAUUAAAAAAAAAAAGAAGUAAGUUCAGUAUCUGUAAAAUCUUGGUCUGCCAGAACACAUUUUAAGGUUACGGGGUACACUUGAAUAUGCUGAUUAUAGCUGGUGCAGGUCUCUCGUUCAAAGCCCUUACAAUUUUAAAGGCAUAUUUAGCAAAUAUGUUACAGACUAAACUGGCCCAUUACCAAAAGGUGUAAUCUGGAAAUGCCAUCAAAACUUAAGGUACAUUUCCAAUCACCCAGUACACUGCCGAUGAUUAGUAAUAUUCGCAAAAUCUUCCAUUGCGAAUAUCAACAACGCAGCAUUAUCACUGGGCAUUCACCAUAGCCACAUCGUACUUAAAGUAGAACUUCAUUACGUUUAACAAAAUUCAACUUUGUUCCGGGCCUAACCAACAUACAUACUCAUAUAAAACAUUUUUACAAGCAGUAUGACAUGACCACAUUCUCUCUCAUGUGCCGCCCAAAUGCAAAAGCCACAGCUGUCUCACUCAGACACUCCAUCUCUGCGACUCAGCUGGCUGCCUGCGAGAUAAACCACUUCGUCUAUUUCGUCUUUGUUUUAUCGCACACACACCGCAUGCCUUUUAACAUCUUGCGAUUACACACUUAUUUGAUUUUAAAUGUAUACUAGCUUAUCACAAUUAUCAUCUAAUAUAAACAUAACUUAAAAUUUAAAUAAUUACAUAAAAAUAAAUCUAAAAAUAAAAAUUUUACCUCAGAAUCCAAAUUUUUGUGGCUACGCACAAGCAUAUGUCACACAAAAAAUGGCAGAAAAGGGGAAAAAAAAAAAAAAUUCUGAGUUAUCAGAGUACCUGGUAAUUCUACCCUAGUGAUGUUGACUGCAAUGUUGACCGAAACAUUGGUGAUAUAUUCGCCUUGGAUGCAGCUACAAACCAGAAACCAAUGUAAUUGUUAAAAAUAGUGAGUUUUCCGGGAAAAAAAUCUAAAUGGUAUUUUAGAGUCCUUCUGAUGUUAAUAGAUUAUAUUACAAAGGGUAUUAUUUCAAUUCAGGCUAGUUUUUGAAAGAAAAAAAAACUGAUUUUGGGAGGGCAAUUGAAUUCUAUGGAAAUGGUAGGGUAAAAAUCAUUAAAAACUAGAAACAACAGAUAUGAAAAUGACAAAAAAUAUGUUCUAAUUUGUUUACUCUCAAAACCACAAAAUAUUUCUUGACUUUAAUCAUUCACAGCUAUGAGUUUUUCUGAAACCGUGGGGGUGAAAGGUCUUAAAUUUUGUAUGAGAUUGUAUAUUUUAAUGUAAUAACAAUGUGGUGAAUAUAACUGAACUGAAUUAGCCAGUCUUCUGGCUAAACCAAUAAAUUAUGAACAUUAUUUUGCAAGAUUGAAAAUAUUUUAAAACCAUCUUACAUAAUAUUAAUCAAAUUGUCUUAACUGUCCUUCCACUUAAUUAUGAUUCCUAGUCAUUCCAAUCUAGCUAUUAACUAAAUGUAUUUAUGAGCAAAUCAUAGGCUUCCAUUGUUUUAUUGGUUUGCAAAAAUGCAAAGCUUCACAUCAGAUGCGAAGCUUUGCAUCACAACCAAAGAUUCAAAUAAAACAAACAGAAAAUUUCCUGGCGAAGUCAGAUCAAAUAUAAAAAAGAGCUUUGAUUGAUUCGCUUAGUUGAAGCUUCUCACAGGCCUACCACUAUAUCCCAGGAGUGUAACAGCAAUCAUGACAGUGGAUGGGGACAUGGCGAUCCAGCUCCAAAUAUGUGAAAUGCGUUCUGUUUGCUGAAAGAGUGAUGGUGUCAAUUUAUAUGGCAGCAAAAGGAAUUGACUUCCUUGUAAAGGAAGAAUAUCGGAGAAUAUUAUGCAUCACUUUUGGACCGAUAAAAGGUGAUGAUAGCAGAGAAACGCCUUGAAAUGGCAAAAGCAAAAAGUGUUUCAUCAGACAGAGCGCCAUGUUGCUCAGAAAAAAUUGGUCGAGCUAUGAUUUUAACUGCUUCUGCAUCCUGCCUACUCACCAGAUCUAGCCCCCUUGGACUACCAUUUAUUUUCGAAACUCAACUUGGCAGGUCUGAAAUUUCUUUCAAAUGAAAUGUUCAUACAGGAAGUAAUUGAGUAUUUUGUAAGCCUCAAAGAAACUCAUUCCCAUGAAGAAAUCGCGAAGCUGGUGAAACAUUGGGGCAAGGGCAUUGAACAAGGGUACUGUUUCGAAAAAUAAAGUACGUUAAGAAACUCAAAUUGUUUUCCUUGAUAUUAAACCAAGUAAUUAAUCAAACUACCCUUGUGUUUAAUAAAUACAUGUAAUAGCAUUAAAGAACACACAAUAGUUGUCACAUUAACAAAAACAAUUUUUUUUUAUGAAAUUUGGGCUUAUUUUUAAAAUUAUAAAAUUGGUACACUUGAUUAUUAUACCCUCCUUAUUCACACUACACAAAUGAUUCUCACGUAGAAUACAUAUAUCAAAUUUAGUGUGGUGCUAAUAGUACAUUAACAUUAACAAACAUAAUUAAUGUAAUUCUCAGGUAAAAGUUUUGUAAUAUCAUAAUGCCCCAUUUACAGGAUAUUGAAGCUUAGUAUGUUUUUAAAGUUUCUAUUAAUUUUUUAUUAAAGCUAAUUUUUACAAUAAUUACCUAAGAAAAAUUCUGCAACUUUGACCUUGGCUUGAUAUUCAAGGACUUAAUAUUUAGUGUAAUGUUAUGGUAAAAAGAACCAUAACCAUUUUUUUAUUAUUUUUAUUAGUGGCUGGUUAGGCAUAGGUAAAUGCAGCAAAUAAUCUGCUGUGCAUGUACAGAAUCUUCACUACACUUAAUAAACUUAUGAAUAAUGAAUAUUUUAAAGUGUUAGUAUUAAAAAUUGAAUCCUAUAAUAAGCUAUUUGUUAUUGGAAAAUUUGUAUCUUCACAAAUACCUUAUUAUUACCGAAUUCACCUUGGCUCUUCUCGAGCCAAAAACUUACUCUCUCGUCCAUCUCUAGUGGUUUUGUGUUGAAAGCUUUUCAAAUGUUGAUAAAUAUAAAUAAAUUUCAACAUUAUUUGCACUGUAUGAUAGCAGAUGAAUGCUUUUAUGUGAUAAAUGUACUGUGCUGGACAAUAAUGAUUGUAAAUAUAUAUACACUAUUUAAGUUGUUGGUUUAAGAUUAUUUAAUAUUGUGUAAUUAUUUACAUUGUACAGUCAAUUAUUUUUGAGUUUAAAAAAAAAUUAUAGAAUAUUUAAAAAACACUUUUCUUUUAGUUUAUUAUAUUUUACAACAUAUUAUUUAUAGUUUGUUGUGAUUAAUAAUUUUUUAUAUGAAUUUUUAUUAUGUUCACAAAGUUUUUCAGUUAUGUAUUUAUGUAAUAUGUAUUUAAUUUAAUGUAAAAAAAGGCUCAAUUAAAAUGUGUUUAUUUUAAAUUUAAGAAGUAUGUGGUAGUUAUUAAACCAUGGUUCUUGACUCACUCUAGUCUGGGUGUAUACAAACUUAUGCAAGAUCUAACUCCUCAAGAAAGUACAAGUAAAAGGUGUUUUAUGUCUCUUUGUAUACAUAUUUACAUGAGGGAAGGCAGUCUCUGAGAUCACGCUUAGAUCCACCUGGGUAAUAACUCUCAAAACAUUUAUCAGGGAAAAUCUGUGGCAUUGCAAAGGGCCACACUCCGACAUCUUUUUGUAAUAUGUAAUUUUGUGAAUAUAAUAGGCAGGAAAACAUCUUGUGCAGGAAUGUCUUAAGCAUGAUUUAUUGUAUAUUUUAUUUUGAAGUUUAUUGGUUUGCUACAUUGGUUGAAUUUCCGUAAGUAGACUUUUUAA